AUGAAGAAGAGCUCGGAGGCAACCCUGAGUAUGGAAAUUGAGCCAGAAGAGGAGUAUCAAGUGUUUUUGAGUUUCAGGGGACCAGACAUACGUAAAACAUUCGCUGAUUUCCUUUACUACUGUUUAGUAGAUGCUGGAAUCCAUGUUUUCAUAGACGAUGAAGGACUCCAAGUCGGAAAAGAAAUUGGCAGAGAGCUUUCGAAAGCGCUUGAGAGAUCUCGAAUCUACAUACCCAUCUUCUCUAGAAACUAUGCUGCCAGUUCUUGGUGUCUAUGUGAGGUCGCAAACAUGGUAGAAUGCACAUCAAAAUCAAAUGGGAAGAAAGAGAUACUCCCGAUCUUUUAUGAUGUGUACCCUGAUGACGUGAAGCUCAAAUCCAAAUUGUACAAGGAAGCUAUAGCCGAACACGAAAAGAAGUUUGCCUCUGAGGAAUUGAAGCGGUGGGAAAAUGCCCUUGUUGAGGUUGCACAUAUAAAAGGAUGGGAGUUUAGCCAAGGUCACGGGUAA